GUAUUAGACUGUCCUCGGUACUGUCGACUGUUGAAGAACAAGUCCAUCUCUAACAACGUUAGCAUCUGCCUAUUCACUCCAGCAGUGUACUAAGAAACAUGGACGACGACUUUGAUUUCGACCGUGCAGCCACAGCCUUUCCUGACAUCUCCUUCGACGGGCAGGGCGACGUACCCUUGCCAUCUGCCCCCGCGCCCAGCAGCGGCUUCUCAUUUGAUGACUUCGACAGUCCACUGGGGGAGGUGAAAGUCACAGGCGAUGAUGAGAUUGAAAAGUUUGAGGAUCAAUUUCCAGAGCUGAAUGUUGGGCAGUCUGUAUCUUCUCCCCCACCCGCACUACCAACUUUUGGUGCUCCUCCUCCGUUCGCUCCUCGCCCACAACCAUCGGCAUUUUCGUCUACGCCAAUUCUCAACCAACAACUCGACGAGGAUGAGCCGGAAGUUAUCAGGCAAUGGCGCGAGAAACGAGUAGAGGAGAUCCAAGCUCGCGAUGAGGCCAGCAAGGCUAAACGCCAACAAACUAUUGCGAAGGCUGAACAUGCCAUUGACCAGUUCUAUGAGGAAUACGCUGCAAAGAAGGAGCGAACUAUUCGCGAAAACAAGGACGAAGAAGGAGACUUCCUCGAGUCACUAUCUUCAUCCCUUACCAAAGGGACGACUUGGGAGCGUAUUUGUGACAUUGUCGAGUUGCAAAAUUCCCAGAGCAAAACAAUUGCAAGGGCUGGUCCUGGCACCACCGACCUUUCACGGUUCAAAGAAGUGCUGUUGCGUUUGAAGCGCGAGGGAACUGCAGCUCCCGGUGCAGCUGGUUAUUAAACAUUACGUGUUUUACAUGUGUAUACCUCUUGUUUUAAUAUCUGGACUUUUAUUUUCUCCUAAA